CAGCCAUUGAUGAUAUUCCUCCCACGAUCAAUACUAGUAAUGAUGUCGGAAAUUCGUUUAACAACCCGUUUAAUGAAAGAAUUACAAUGGAUCAAUUUCUUUUUUUAUCCGGAAAUUUUGAUAUUAACGUUAAUCCUCAUGCGGAUUCAACUACCUUUGAUCAUCUUUCCAUCAAUACCGAUACUAAUAACGAUGUCGGAAAUUCGAUCGAUAAUUCUUCACAACUAAACCAAAUUCGUCACCAACCACUGAUAUCAUUACCUUUGUUAGAACCACAGUUACCUUCUAUGAUCAAUGCUAUACCUUCUACAAAUAACGAUUCUUUGUUAAUUAACACCGGUAAAUUCGAUAAUGACAUAUUGGAAAUAAUUGCAAAGUAUUAUAUCCUCGAUGAUAUGAAUGAUUAG